AUGAAUGUCCCUGAAUUGGAGCAUGUCCGCGGGGUUUGGGAACGAACCAAGAAUGAAAGCCCCAUCUAUCGCCUUCUUCUCUCUGAUGUCGAUAUUAUUAGUGCAACCCGUGGCCAAAUGCAAGCCCGACUUAAGCUCACAGCGGAGCAUGUGAAUUCCCGGGGCACUAUUCAUGGAGCUGUCUCUGCAACGAUCAUUGAUUGGGCGGGGGGCAUGUCGAUAGCUACACAUGGAUAUGAGAGAACAGGCGCAAGCAUUGAUAUCCACGUUUCGUAUCUGUCAACUGCCACGAUUGGAGAUACUUUAGAUAUCUCUGCCGUUGCUGAUCGGGUGGGGAAGUCAAUGGCCUUCACAACCGUCAAAAUCUCCCGAGUUGUGGACAAUGAAGUCGGUCCGUUGGUUUCAAAGGGUUCACACACUAAGUUCCUGCCUGUCUCUAAGGAAAAUCGUGAACCUAAGAGCUGA